AUGCUCGUGUGUAGCGGCAAGUCCACUGCAGGGCGCAUGCUUGCAGAUGCACUGCGUUAUGCAUUCUUCGAUUCUGAUACACUUGUGGAGCAAGCUGCAAAGAAAACCGUUGCUGAGAUAUUUGAAGAGGCUGGAGAGGAGGAAUUCAGGGAGCUUGAAAAACAGGUUAUCCAAACACUUCAUGGCUACAAGAAUUGCAUUGUUGCCACUGGAGGCGGAGCUGUCUUGAAGAAGUUGAACUGGAGCUACAUGCAGCAGGGUGUGGUGAUAUGGCUGAACGGGCCACCUUCCCUGCUAGCCCGUAGGGUUGUGAAUGAUGGCGUGGAGGCAAGGCCCCUGGUGGGUGGUGGCAGCACCUUUGAGCAAACAGAAGGUGACGGACAGUAUCAGAAGACAGUGGAAAAACUGGAAGGGAUUCUAAAUGAGAGGCUACCACUCUACAGAAAUGCCGACAUCGAGGUUUCACUUGCAUCCACCAGUGAUGACGACGCUGGUCUAAUGGGCGCACCCGUCCAUGAAGUCGUGCUGCGCAUGCUGAAGAAGGUGGACGCCAGGAUCAAGGAGGCUGCACAAAUGCGAGAAGGCAGGAAGGAUUUCAAAAUUGAGGAGAACAAGUCGCUGACACAGCGGCUGAUCGAUCUGCAGAAAGGAGAAGGGACAUUGGGGAAUGGGAGGGAUGACACAAAAGAAGAGGAGUGA